GGGGGCCCAGAAUGGAACAGACACAGACCUGCAGAGCCAGCCCAUAACAAGUGAGGCAAGUGAAGGUCAGCACAGAGGAAAACAAAGAGAACAACAGAGUCUAGCCGGUGUGUUUUGGGGAAAGUCUAGGAGACCACAGAAAGCCGGUUUUGACUGGCACAAAAAGCACCAGGAACAGAGGUUGUGGAAUGGAACACCCCCAAAGGAGCCCAGGACUUAAAAACCCUCCUGAGAGCUGGAGCAAUUCGGAGAACACAGCGGAUUGUUGGACGACCUGGGCCCAGGAUAGCACUCCCGUCCACCUUCCCCCCACUCUCUUCUUCUUCUGACAUUACACCCAGACCUGGCCAGUCUGGGUAGUGCGGGUGUGAGAUUAUCGGGGGCCGGGAAGCCAAGGCCCACUCCAGACGCUACAUGGCCUAUCUGGAAAUACAAGACGGGCAGGUUAAAAGAAAAUGUGGAGGGUUCCUGGUGAAGACAAACUUCGUGCUGACGGCUGCUCACUGCAAGGGAAGCAAGAUCACUGUCAAGCUGGGAGCCCAUAACAUUAGUGAACAGGAACGGAGCCAACAGAAAAUCCCCGUGCGCCACCAGAUCCCCCACCAGCAAUAUGACAAGAAGACCCUUAACAAUGACAUCAUGCUGCUGCAGCUGUCACGCAACGCAGUGCUGAAUAACUGGGUGCGACUCAUCCCCCUGCCAAAUGCCAAGUCCAGGGUGAGACCAGGAUCCAUGUGCAGUGUGGCUGGAUGGGGUAGGACUGGCUGGAACUCAAGAACUGAUACCCUCCGUGAGGUGGACCUCGAGGUCAUGAAGGACGACAUGUGUCAUCUGUACCCUGGAUACAACCGCUCAACAAUGCUGUGUGUGGGGAAGCCUGGCCUGGGGAAAUUACCUUAUCGGGGUGAUUCUGGUGGCCCCUUGGUAUAUGAUGGAGUGGCCCAGGGCAUCGCUUCAUAUGUUGACGUGGAUUUGUGGGAGCCAAGUGUGUUUACAAGACUCUCCACCUUCAUCCCCUGGAUCCAGAACAUUCUGCAGAAACAGCAUUAAAGGAGACACAUGUUUUCCUGGCUCUUUGCCUGGCUAGACCAGCCAUGGGCUAACUAGGCUUUGCGUGUGACAUGCAGAUUAUCUUCAUUAGUCUUAGAAAAAUGCUAUGAAUUAAUUGGUAUCAGAAUGGAUUGGGGGUGGGGGAAGGAGUUUGUAGAUGUUAGGAUAAAACCCCUGUGUGUCUCUACGAAUUUUUGAACUAUCCUAUACGAUUCUAGAUCAGGGAUCAGAUUCUCUCUAUUAAACCCUAUAGGAUGGUGCCAGAAAAACAUAUAGAAAGGCAGGUAUGGAGUGAGUACCCCAUAGAGGGAAAAGGUGAUAUCCUCUUGCAUCAAUUUCUAUUAGUGAGAGAGACAAGCUUUGAGAUUACACAGAGCUUUUCUUCAGGUCCCGGAAAGGUUCUCUAUGUGUCCCAGCUCAAUGCAAGGUGGAAACAGAUUGUUUAACAUAAGAAGUUAACACAUAUUUCAAGGGACCAUUCAAACUGAAGUGGCCUGU